AGGAUGUUACAGUAAAAGAAGAGGAGAAAGAGGAGGAUGCAGUUUUUGGAGUGAAAGAGGAGGAGAUGACUGUCACAUUGGAGGAAGAAGAGGAGGUUGGAGAUCUGUUUAACACCAGAGAGAGACGGGACUAUCGUGGAUCCUCUGGGAAGCCUCAACAACCUCAUGACGCUGAAGAGGCAGAGACGAGUUUCUCCAGAUCAGAACACCUUGAUAAACACCUGCAGAUAUCCACAGGGAAAAUAACUCAUUGCUCCUCUGACCGUGGGAAGAGAUUCACCUCAUCAGGCAUUACAAUUCAUCAGAGAACACACACAGGAGAUAAAUCUUAUAGCUGUGGUCAAUGUGGGGAGAGUUUUGGUGCAUCUUGCACUCUGACUCUACACCAGAGAACACACACAGGAGAGAAACCCUAUAGCUGUGGUCAAUGUGGGAAGAGAUGGAGGACAUCUGGCCAGCUGACAUCACACCAGAGAACACACACAGGAGAGAAACCUUAUAGCUGUGUUCAAUGUGGGAAGAGUUUUGGCCAACCAACCAGCCUGAUAUCACACCAGAGAAUUCACACAGGAGAGAAACCAUAUAGCUGUGGUCAAUGUGGGAAGAGUUUUGGUCAAUCAAGUGCUCUGACUCUACACCAGAGAAUACACACAGGAGAGAAACCUUUUAGCUGUAAUCAGUGUGGGAAGAGUUUUACUCACAAAAGCACACUGAUAUCACACCAGAGAAUACACACAGGAGAGAAACCGUAUAGCUGUGAUGAAUGUGGGAAGAAUUUUGCUUUUUUGAGCAAUCUGACUCUUCACCAGAGAACACACACAGGAGAGAAACCUCAUUUCUGUGAUCAAUGUGGGAAGAAUUUUACUCAGCUAAAAAGCCUGAUAUCACACCAGAGAACACACACAGGAGAGAAACCUUAUAGCUGUGAUCAAUGUGGGAGGAGUUUUUCUCAGUCAACCAGCCUGAUAUACCACCAGAGAAUUCACACAGGAGAGAAACCUUAUAGCUGUGGUCAAUGUGGGAAGAGUUUUGGUCAAUCAAGAGCUCUGACUCUUCACCAGAGAAUACACACAGGAGAGAAACCUUUUAGCUGUAAUCAAUGUGGGAAGAGUUUUACUCACAGAAGCACCCUGAUAUCGCAUCAGAGAAUACACACAGGAGAGAAACCUUACAGCUGUAGUCAAUGUGGGAAGAGUUUUGGUCAAUCAAGAGCUCUGACUCUUCACCAGAGAACACACACAGGAGAGAAACCCUAAAGCUGUACUCAAUGUGGGAAGUUUAUUUUUUAUUUUUUUACAUCUAGCCUUCUGAAGUCACACCAGAGAACACACACAGGAGAAUCUUAUAGCUGUACUGUAUGUGGGAAGAGUUUUGUUCAAUCUAGCUCUCUGAAGAUACACCAGAGAACACACACAGGAGAGAAAUCUCAUAGCUAUGAUCAGUGUGACCAGAGAUACUCUGAAAAAAGAUCUCUGAUCAAACAUCAGAAAAUACAUACAUGUCAAUGAUAUGAUUUCACAAUGUAGAAUGCUUUAACAUUGUAGUAGGAGUAUUUUAAUGAUGUCACAAUGUAGAAUGUUUUAACAUUGUAGGAGUAUUUUAAUGAUGUCACAAUGUAGAACCGUAAACGUUUGCCCCCUGUUCUAUUGAUUGCAGCAUGAUAUGGAUAUUAUCCUCAGGGGAAAAUCCAGGCUCUGAAAUGGAAGAGUACUAUUUAUGAGACUAAGUGACUAACAAAAAGAUUUGUUACACUUACCACGUUGGUGACCCACUUGAGUCAAAAUGCAACACUUCGAAAUGUGGUUUUCUACAAAUUGUCCUCUAACCAGUGAUGUACACAUUAUUCACAGAUUCCGUGUGGUUUUUGAGCUGUUAGUUUUAACAGGAUGUGCAACCUCAUCUCCCUCCUCUCGGCACAAUGGAUUUCAACGUGAUAUCGAUGAGUGAUGACAAAUAAGUGCAUCACUCCAAAAUGUAGCUGACUGUCUUCUGUAGGUUGUCCUCUAACUAGUGAGCUAAAAGAUAUCUCCCAUGUGUUUUUUUUUAGAUGUUAGUUUCAACAGCAAGUACAAUCUGACCUCCCCCCUAAUCGAUAUCAGUGAUUUAUUGCUACUUGUCAAAACAACAGUGUUUUUGGUGCUUGUGUCCAUGGUGAGGACAACUUAGUUUCUGAUUGUCUCAUGGUUGGGCAGUCAAAAAUAUUUGUGUUUUGUGUU